GUAAAAUUUUCUCCGACACUGUAGUUUAAAAAAAAGUCGAGGAAGACUCGAGAGAGAUUUAUAUUGCGUGCUUUUAAAAAUAUUUGUAUUUCCUUGGAGUAAAUUGAUAAGGGGUCCCUCGUCAUGGAUUUCAUGGAGGACCAAGCAGAGGAGUCGGAUGUUAAUUCUGAAGAUGAAGGGGGAAGGUCCGAUGUCUCGGGAUCGGGCAGUGAGGCAGAAGGGAAAACAAAGUCAAAGAAAAAAGCCAAGAAGAAGAGUCGACAAAUCAUAUCUGAUAGUGAAGAAGAGGAUGAAGAGGAAGAAGAUGAGGAACAAAUAAGGAAGGAGAUGGAAGGCUUCAUCAAAGACGAAGACGAUGAAGAAGAGGAGGAAGAAGGUGAUGAGUCGGGCAGUGAGACUGGGAAACGUAAACACGAGGACUCAGAGGAGUCAGACGACCAGCUGGAAGACGAGGACUACGACCUCAUCGAGGAGAACCUGGGGGUCAAGGUCAAGAGAAAGCCAAAACUGAAAAGAAUCCGAAUGGUAUCAGAUGAGGAGGAUUCGGAUAAAGAUGAAAUGAAUGAGGAGAGAGAGAGGGACGCCCUCGCGGACGAGUUGUUUGACGGUGAGGCUGAUGACUCUGAGGCCCCUCGGGAGCGAGUCGCUAACGAGUUUGACAGCCUCGAUGUGGAUGAAGAGGAAGACGAAGAUGACAUGGAUAAUUUCAUUGUUGAUGAAAAUGGGGAGCCGAUUAAAAACAGACUGAAGAAAAAGAAGCACAUAAUCCACUCGGACUCAGCUCUACAAGAGGCCCAGGACAUCUUUGGAGUGGACUUUGACUUUGAUGAGUUUGGUUAUGGGGAAGAGGAUGAAUUUGAGGAGGAAGAUGAGUAUGAUGAAGAUGGUGAAGAUGAGGAGGGAAGACCCAGGCCCAAGAAAGGGGGCAAGAAGAAGAGUCAGAAGAAGACAAUAUACGAGGCUUUUGAACCAUCAGAAAUAGAGCGAGGAUUUUUCACAGACCAGGAUAACGAGAUUCGUGUGACUGACAUGCCUGAGCGAUUCCAGCUACGACAGGUCCCAGUGAAACCGACGGAGGAGGGAGAGAUAGAGGAGGAGUCAGAGUGGAUCUACAAACAAGCCUUCUCCACUCCCCCCACCUCACAGCAGAACCUUCUAGAGCAGGAGUCGGGGACCUACAAUCGGCGGGGACCUACCAUGAUCAACAAGAUCAAGAAAGCUAUUGACUUCAUGAGGAAUCAGCACCUAGAGGUUCCAUUCAUCGCCUUCUACAGGAAAGAGUAUGUGGAGUCUGACCUUAACAUCAACGACCUCUGGAAAGUGUGGCAGUGGGACGAAAAGUGGACACAACUCAGGACCAGAAAGCAGAAUUUAAUCAAGUUGUUUGAGAAGAUGCAGAACUAUCAGUUUGACACGAACUCUGACCCUGACAAAGUCCUGGAAACAAAUGUACGGCCACUGACCGACGAGGAUCUAGACAGAGUAAGAAAUGUCCAGACAAUGGAGGAACUUAAGGAUGUGUAUCAACAUUUCCUGCUGUAUUAUGGCAUGGACAUCCCCAAAAUGAAGAUGGCUCAGAUGAAGAAAAAGUCGGACGUCGAGAAAGAAGAUGGUGAGGCGGAGCCUGAACCAGAAAUCGAGCCAACUGACACCAUUAAACACGCCACACGAAAAACUGGCUACAACAUCUGUCAGGAGAAAAAAAUAGAUGACAUAGCUGAGAAGUUUGGGUUGACCCCUGAGCAGUUUGGAGAGAAUUUGCGAGAUAACUACCAGAGACAUGAUGUGGAGCAGUACCCCAUAGAACCGCUGGAGCUGGCCAAAGAGAAGAUCUGUAGCCAGUUCCCCACAGAAGAGGAAGUGUUGCUAGGGGCGCGUCAUAUGGUCGCCAUGCAGAUAUCCCACGAUCCCACGGUGCGACAGGUCGUGAGGCAGGCUUACUUUGAGAGAGCCAAGAUAGCAGUUCGACCCACCAAGAAAGGGAUAAAGGAGAUAGAUGAGUCUCACGCCUGCUUCAGCAUGAAGUAUCUCAAAAACAAACCUGUCCGAGAUCUGAAGGACGAGCAGUAUCUCAAACUCGUCACAGCGGAAGAAGAUCGAUUGAUCACCGUGUCUUUCUCUAUCGACGGAGAAUCGGAGAACACCCAGACAUACUACGAAGAAAUCAGGCAGCUGUACUACAGGGAUGAGUUCAGCCACUUGGUCCAGCAGUGGAACUUACAGAGAAGUCAGGCCCUGGAGCGGGCCCUCACCAAACUGUUGUACCCUCAGAUGGAGAAGGAGCUCAGGGCCAAACUACUGUCCGAGGCCAAGGACGGCAUUGUUAAGGCAUGCUGUAGGAAGCUGUAUAACUGGCUGAAGGUGGCUCCGUACCAGGCAGACCAACAAUUAGAGGACAACAAUUACGAGGACGAGGGCCUGCGUGUCCUCGGGAUCGGCUACUCCACGGACAAGGACACCGCGGCCUUUGGGGUGCUGAUUGAUGCCGAGGGUCAGGUGACCGACUUCCUACGACUGGAGUACCUUUGUAUGCGGAAAAACGCAUUCAGGGAGGUGGACCGAAAGGGAAAGGAAAAUGACCUUUCCAAACUGAAAGAGUUCAUUGCAACAAAGAAGCCCCAUGUAGUGGCUGUGACUGCAGAAUCCAAAGAAGCUCUGCGGAUCGUGGAGGAGGUCCAGCGGUUAAUCCAGGAACUGACGGAGGAGGCGGAGAUGCCCGCAAUCAAUGUGGAGCUGGUGGAUAAUGAAGUGGCCAUGGUGUACGAGAACUCCAACAAAGGGCAGAGUGACUUUCGUGAAUACCCCGUGGUUCUACGUCAUGCUAUAUCCGUGGCUCGUCGCCUCCAGGAUCCACUCAUUGAGUUCGCUCAGCUGUGUAAUCCCGACGAGGAUAUCUUAUGUCUCAAGUAUCACCCCUAUCAGGAUCAGAUUCCCAAGGACGUGUUGUUGAAUGCCCUGACCCUGGAGUUUGUGAAUCGUGUGAAUGAGGUGGGUGUGGACAUUAACCGAGCCCUUGCUCAUCCCCACACCGCCCCCCUCGUACAGUUUGUGUGCGGGCUGGGGCCCAGAAAGGGAGCCCAUCUGCUAAAGAUUCUCAAACAAAAUAACAUUCGGCUGGAGAACCGAACCCAGCUAGUCACCCUGUGUCACAUGGGUCCCAAGGUGUUCAUUAACUGUGCCGGCUUCAUCAAGAUCGACACGUUCAGCCUGAUGGACAGCACAGACUCGUACGUGGAGGUCCUGGAUGGAUCUCGAGUUCACCCCGAGACCUACGAGUGGGCUCGUAAAAUGGCGGUAGACGCUCUAGAGUAUGACGACACGGCCGAGGAUGCUAAUCCAGCAGGUGCCCUGGAGGAAAUCCUGGAGAGUCCGGAGAGACUGCGGGAUCUGGAUCUGGACGCAUUCGCUGAGGAGCUCGAGAGACAGGGUUACGGAGAUAAACAUAUCACACUGUACGACAUCCGAGCUGAGCUGAAUCACCGUUACAAGGACCUCCGUACGCCGUACAGGUCCCCCCUCAAUGAGGAGCGGUUCAACAUGAUCACCAAGGAGACACCUGAGACCUUCUUUGUGGGUAAACUGGUUCUUGGUCGAGUAAUUGGUAUUGCCCAUCGACGCCCGCGGGGGGAACAGCUGGAUCAGGCUAAUCCAGUCAGGAACGAUGACACUGGACUGUGGCAGUGUCCGUUCUGUAACCGAAGUGACUUCCCGGAACUCAGCGAGGUGUGGAGUCAUUUUGACGCUGGAAGUUGUCCUGGCUCAGCAGUGGGUGUCAAGAUAAUUCUGGACAACGGGGUGAACGGGUUCCUACACACCAAAAAUAUCAGUGACAAACACAUCAAGAGCCCCGAGGAAAGGGUCAAGCCCGGAAUGACGAUACACUGUCGAAUCACAAAGAUUGACAUCGACCGGUUCCAGGUGGAUCUGACGAGUAAAUCCUCGGACCUGAUAGACCGAGACAACAACUGGAGGCCACCGAAAGAUCUGUACUACGAUCAGGAGCAAGAAGACAAAGAUAAGGAGAAGGAGGAAGAGAAAGUGAAACACAAGGCCAGGCAAACAUAUGUAAAGCGAGUUAUUGCACAUCCUUCUUUUCACAAUGUGGGAUAUCGUGAGUGCGAGAAACUCCUGGAGAGUAUGGAUCAAGGGGAGGCAAUUAUCAGACCCAGCAGUAAGGGGUCAGAUCACUUGACAGUCACAUGGAAGGUGGCGGAUGGAAUAAUGCAGCACAUAGAUGUCCGCGAGGAAGGCAAGGAGAACGCCUUCAGUCUGGGAUCCUCCCUCUUCAUCGGCUCAGAGGAAUUUGAAGACUUGGAUGAAAUCAUCGCUCGGCACAUUCAGCCAAUGGCAGCCUUUGCCCGAGAUGUGAUGAACUUCAAGUAUUACAAGGAGUCAGAUGGAGGAAAGCGUGAAAUUCUAGAGAAAAUCCUCCUGGAGGAGAAAAAGAAGGGACCCUCCAGGAUUCCCUAUUACCUGACCCUAACAAAGCAGUACCCCGGGAAGAUUAUGUUAUCGUACAUGCCCCGAAUAAAGCCACGGCAUGAAUACAUCUCCAUCACCCCGGACGGACUGAGAUAUCGUCAGCAGAACUUCCACUCCCUAAACUCUCUGAUGCGCUGGUUCAAGGAGCACUUCAGGGACCCCAUUCCUGGUACCCCAGCCAGUGCCAGAACCCCCGUCCCUGGCUCCAACUUUGCCACACCCAGCAUUAAUCUUCAGGGAGUGGAUGCAGCAACAAUCCAGAGAGCUGCUGCAGGGUUGCCAAGCAACAUCUACAACACUCUGGCUCAGGUUGCCAGUGCCACACCCCGAGUGUCCAGGAUGACCCCUGGAGUCACACCAGGAGCUACCCCUCAAGUGGCCGGAAACUUCACCAAUUUUAAUGUGCCAAUGGGAACACCUAUGAUGACUCCAAUGAUGACCCCAUCACAUCCAAUGACAACACCAGCCAAUCAGACAGCCCAGACUCCCUCAUACAGGCCCACCCCCAGGGCUGCUACUACCCCAGCGUGGCCGGGAGCAACCCCCAAAGCUACACCCAGGAUUGGUUCCACCACUCCCCAACAUCAGGGGCAGACCCCCCGGGCUGGACCAAGUGCAGCAGGGAUGGACUGGGCCAAGGCUGCCCAGAUGUGGGCCAAGCGAUCGGGCUCCACCAAACCGGGCACCCCCAGGCAUGGACAGAGCCCCCGGGGCGUGAGACCCUCUCCCCGACCCAGUCCUCGACAAGAAGGAUACGGGGGUGGGGACUCUACCCCCCUGUUUGAUGAGCGAUGAUCUGUUGGGGGCUGAUGUAUUGUACAGAACAGAUAUUUGUACAUUGUGUUAUAUUUAUGUGAAAUCAUGAAGUGAGUGAAAGAGAACUCUCCGCCAUGUUUUCUACGAGACCUGCCCUAUUGGAGGAGGAAUGGAUACUCGAGUCCUCGGGGGCGAUUAGUCAGCUCUUGUGGUGAUUAGUCAGCUCUUGUGGUGAGAAGUGCUUUGUGUGGGGAUGGUCAGGGAUUGAUCAUGACCUUGACCCAUGAGUGGGACAGCUGACGACCUACUUUGUAGACCUUCCUUACAUGUUGUAGUAUUACUGUUUGUAAGAGCUAAUGUCCACAGGGAUUUUUUCUAAAUGCAGAACUUUCUACAGAAGCCAGGCUAGUCUGUAGCUCACAUUGUAUCACAUUUAUUGCAUUUUUCUUUUAUAACUGAAUGAAAACAGAUUUCAUAUGUGGUCAAAAAAUAAAGAUAUAAAAUAAAAA